AUGUCGAAAGUCUUCAAGAACUACAAAACCGUCGCGGCCGAGAAGCAGUUGGAACGCCAGAGUAAGAUCCCCAAAGAGUGGCUACUUCCCUCCGAUCAAUACCAUGGGGCCACAAAUUUCAUGCAAGUGCCGCGGACGUGUGGCAUCUUGAGCGACACUGAAUGCCAAAUCACCUCCGACUUUGACGCCACCGCGCUUCUGGAGAAGCUCAAGGAUGGAUUUUGGUCGGCGGAACAGGUCACGGUUGCCUUUUGCAAGAGGGCGGCCAUUGCUCAGCAGUUGGUUUGUCAACCUUCCUUCGUCUCGCGACAUUCCUCUUUCAUAAGCUCACCGGCGCGACAGACCAACUGUUUAACGGAGAUUUUCUUCGACAAAGCCAUCCAGCGAGCGCGUGCACUGGAUCGCGAACGGCAAGAAAAUCCUGAAAAGCCGCUUCGUCCCUUUCACGGCCUCCCAAUCUCGCUCAAAGAUAGCUUCCAAGUUUCGGGAUACGAUACAUCGACCGGAUUGGCAUGUUUUGUCAACGAACCAGCAGACGAAGACAGUGGCACCGCAGCCCUGCUGCUUGAAUUGGGCGCAGUGCUCUACUGCAAGACCAAUCUUCCACAAACAAUCAUGACCAGUGAUAGCCAUAACAAUGUCUUCGGCAGGACCUUGAACCCUCGCAAUACGGCAUUGACGGCAGGUGGAAGCACCGGCGGCGAGGGCGCCCUUCUUGCCCUUCGAGGAAGCGUGCUCGGUGUUGGUACAGAUAUUGGCGGGAGCAUUCGUGUCCCCUCCGUCUGCAACGGCAUCUAUGGAUUUAGACCCAGUGUCGGACUGGUCCCGCACGGGGGCGUGAGGGACCUCACGACUCCUGGAACGGAUGGGGUGCGCUCGUCGGCCGGCCCCAUGGCGACGUCGCUUCGGGAUGUUGCUCUUUUCCUCAAAACCACUAUGCUGACAGAAACUUGGCGGUAUGACAGCACUGUGAUUUCUGUGCCGUGGGUGAAUCUCGAACCUAAGCAAAAACUUCGGAUUGGCCUCGUCCUGGAUGACUGUGUCUACACUCCUUCACCACCGGUUCGACGUGGCCUCAAAAAGGCAGCGGAUCUUCUCCAAGGAAGCGAGAAUAUUGAGCUCAUUCCUCUUACCUUGCCGAACGUCAAAGACCAUUAUGGCGACCUGGUCAGGUAUUGGACAUUGUUGGGAAGCGAAAACUACUUUGAGCUCUUCGCCCGGACGGGGGAGCCCGAAAUUCCUUCCCUCAAAGCCAUUGGCCUCAAUUCCUUCCCAGCCACCGAUCUGCGCGGGUUCUUCGACCUCAACGUGCGUCGUCAAGCAGCAGCACGCAACUAUCUCAAGCUCUUCCGUGACAAUGGCAUCGACGCGAUCUUGAUGCCGCCGGCCCCGCACACCGCCGUGCCCUUGGACAAAUGGACGACCGCCACCUACACUGGCCUGUGGAAUUAUCUCGACUAUCCGGCCAUCGUCAUUCCCGUUGACACGGUGUGUGAGUCCGACGUUGUGGAUGACCCCAGCAAUGCCAAAUACGGCGCCGAGGAUGCUCGCGUGUAUAGUCUUUACACAGGACCCGAAGAUUAUAAAGAUGCGCCUAUAUGUGUGCAGCUGGUUGGGUACCGAUAUGCAGAUGAAGCGUUAGCCAACACAGCUGCCCUGGUAGAUUCGAUCGUCAAUGGCACAAAAUAA